AUGCUGGGGGGCCAGCAGCAGCUGCAGCCCCUCGCGCUGCCCCCGCACCUUCAGCAGCAGCACCAGCAGCACCAGCACUACUACCGGCGCCAGCAGCACUACAGCACGCUGCCUGCCGCCCGCCGGCCCUGCCGCGAGCCGCCGCCGUGCCGCGAGCCGCCGCCGUGCCCGGAGCCGCCGCCGUGCCUCGAGCCGCCCGCCCGCCCCGAGCCGCCGCUCCCGCCGCCCUGCUUCGAGCCGCCGGCUCCGCAGCGCCAGGAGGGCGGCCCGGCGUUCGACCGGGUGCGGACCUACGGUCCCGGCUGCCGGCGGGUCGGCGCGUCCUGCUCGUCCCGCGCCUCCUCGCCGCUGGAGCGCUCGCACGGCCACCAGCAGCUCAGCGCCGGCUGCCAGCCGCCGCCGCAGGGCACUGUUCGAAGGAUUAUCAUAGAGAAUCCUGAGCAGGAGCCAUUAUCCUCAUUUCUUAGAGGGGGCAAUUUCAGUCCUGGAAAUAAUGUCAUCUAUGAAAAGACAAUAAGAAAAUAUGAGCUAUUAAAUCCCCAUCAAGAGAAGCAGUACCAAUUUUCCCACCAGUGUCAGAUUCCACAGCUGUCUGAUCAGUGCUGUGCCAUCCAGCCCUGCCAGCAGCCCGAGCAGCCCCCAGUCACACAGCAGUGCCAGCAAACACAGACCGGCAGCCCCUGCGAAGUAAUGCCCAUCUCUGUGACUGAUGACUGCAGAGGAAGUGCAGUGAGGAGGGUGACAGUUCAAACCUGCGAACAGGAGAACAAUGACCAGCUGGACUGCCGCUACUUCGGUGAGCUCCUUGCUGAACUGAACCGCAAGACCAACGACCUGUACAGCUGUUUACUACAGCAUGUGGAAAAGAUAGGAGGAAGGAACCAUGACAUCGAAUUUACGAGUCAGACUGAAGAUAUUGAAGAAUUAAUUCCCAAAGGACUGUCUGAGGCAACAAAGCAGCAGAUUCGUUAUCUCCUCCAGAUGAGAGUGACAUCAGAUAAAUCUUUGAGACUUGUGCUUUCCACUUUCAAAAACUUACGUGAAGAGCUCUGCCAUUUGCAGGAUGACCUGGGGAAGCUAGAAACUGACAAUGUCUUACUUAAGAAGGAUUUGGCUUUUAAAGAAUCUCAAGUAAAAGAAUAUGAAACUAUGUUGUCUUCUCUGAGAGAGAAUAAUCGUCAGCAGCAGCAAGGACUCAGAGACAGUACUGCCAGGUGUCGGUCUCUGGAAGAACAGCUUCUUUCUCUUCAACUCAACGAAGGAGAAAAGGAUUGUCAGUUAAAGGAACUGGAAUACUCCAAGCGUGCCUUGGACCAAGAGAUCCAGAGUCUUAAGCUACAGAUCUGCUCCAGUCCAACAGUUCAGACUACCACAGAUGAACUCUCCAGCCGUUAUGUAGAGAUGAUCAAUAACUUGAGAGAGGAUAAAGACCGCGAGAUCCGCAGUCUCAGGUCUCAGUUGUGCCAAUUCCAGCAAGAUAUAUCAAGGCAAGAAGGGAACAACAGCGACUUGCAAUUAAAGCUGCAUGAACUGACAGCAAUGCUGGAGGAGAAAGAUGUUUGUAUUAAACAGCAGCAAGAGGAACUCUUCAGACUCAAGCAUGACAGAGUAUCAAGCAGUCAGUCCCCUGGUGUAACAGCUAUCAUCACGAAGAAGUACAGGAAUCAGUAUCCUAUCCUGGGUCUUUUGUCUGACGACUACAAGGUUACAUCACCCGUCAACAAAUCACAAACUAUUGUAAUUGAGAGGACUGGAGAGAUAUGGAAACAUGUAAGUUCAUCUAGGGAUUCACUACAGGGUCUGAGAUAUGGAGUAUUUAAUUUUUCUUCAAAGACAUGAUGAGCCAAAACUGAUGCCUGAGAGAAAAGAAUAACAUUAAUUUUGCCAUGCUGCAAAGAGCAAGGCAAUGGAGUCAAGUCAAGAAACUGCACUGUCUGUUGCAAGGAGGCAGUAAUUGCUAGGUAGAGUAUAAAUAAAACAGUGUUGCUAUUUUCUGACCUUUAAUUACCUUUAACAAAGGAAGUGGUGUUGCUCUAACAGUCUUUGCCCAGGUGCACGAGGCAGUCCUCUGGGCAUCACUAUCUGUAGUGAGGAGUUGAGAACUUCUUCAGCGCUCUGCUCUCAGGUGGAAGGUACAGGUGGUGUGCUUUGGGUGCAUGGCAUUCCUCUGAAUCAGGAGUAUUAAUUACUCUGCACUAUUAUUAAAACAGAUUAAGCACCAUGUUCCUGAAACUUACACAGAGACAGAGCAGUGACUAAUCCAGGAAACACAGAAGAGUGGUGACUUCUUUUUAAAGAGUGACUUAAAGUUACAGAAAGUGGGACUGCAGAAGCUGUUUAUGUUACAAGGUACAGGAUAGUGUCAAAUCUGAACACAAGGUAAAGACUUGAGAAAGAUCAGCACAGCCAGCUCACAGCAAGUACAGCAAUGUAAGCAUAGCUUUCUGGGGGACACAGCCAAGAAAAGGCAACUUAAGGCAAUAAGGCAAUACGAGCAGCCUGAGUAGGCUGAAAGUAAAACAUCUGGCAAGCAAGGAAUUAACACAGUAAUAAAGAAAUAACAGUAAUAAAAAGCUAAAAUCUCUUCCUUGCUUACUUGAAAAGUUAGUCAUUGUUUCCAUUUUUAUAAUGGAAAAUGUGAGUGUAUGCUGCAUUUAAAGAGAUCAAUAUCACUGAAUAAAUAAGAACUAUUAACUGGUUGCAUUUUAAGUUUCCCAAGGUCUUUAUCACUGGUGCAAGUUUCAGCUGAAACAAAAUGACUUUGUCGCAAGAUAAACUUGAUAAAUCCAGUUUAAGAAGUGCCAAUUUCCUCCAAGCUUGAGAAAUAUUUUUUCUGCAUUUAUGUUCUGCCAACCAAAUCUUUCUAUCUGCAUUCAUUACUGAAUAGCGAUGCUGACUGAUAGGAAUCUGAACAGAAUACUGACAGUAGCACAUAUGUGACAGUGCCUUUCAAGUAAUGAGUAUUUAUCAUGCUGACUCUUUCAGGAUGCUCAAGUAGAAGCACUUCACUUCAAUCUUAGUUACAUUAGAGAAAAAUUCUCAGGUAGAAAUUCUGUAAUGUCUGCUAUUUAGGUAUCUGAUAACUUCCUGUGCUUGCUGGCAUUCAUAAAUAUAAAAACAGCCCCUCCCAAUAUUGUCUACUCUUGUGAUUACUGAAAACAGUGAAUGAUGCCUGUUCUGGCUUCUGCCACUUCCUGGACAGAACUGCCUGCAGCUUAGUGAUAUGACUUUGACCAUUCCACAGCCAGCUGCUGUAAAAGGUGACACACAUUGCACUUGUGGAGGGGAAGGCUCACUCAGGCACUAAGAGACUGUUAGAGAAAAUAAGCAUACAGUUAACUGAAGCAUUCUUUGUACAGCAGACAGUUCGGUGAGUAUGCAUAUUACCUUGUAACAGGCUGCUUGUUUC